UGUCUCGAUCUUAGAGGCAUAGCAGUCGAUAGUGCAUCAUCUGAUACAGACAAUGGCGGGCAUUGGGAGUUCCUUGAAGAAUGUGGUAGUCGUCGGUGGGUCCUAUGUUGGCAGAGCCGCUGCACAAGAAUUGGCCCGAGUGAUUCCGUCGACACAUAGAGUGCUUUUGAUCGAGCCUCACAGCCACUUCCACCAUCUAUUCACUUUUCCAAGAUUCGCUAUUUUACCCGGACACGAACACAAAGCAUUCGUGCCAUACACUGGCAUAUUCUCAUCUGUGCCAAACCCAGCCCAGCAUGCUGUUGUCCACGCACGAGUCGUCUCAGUGCAAGCUCGUCAAGUCAUACUUGAUAGGCAGUGGCAGGGAUCGACUACCAUCCCCUUUGAGUAUCUCGCGAUUGCAACAGGGACUAAACUAUCCCAGCCCGCCGCAAUGAAGGAGGAUGACAAGGCCUCAUCCGUGACAUAUCUGAGAAGCCACCAAAAUGCCAUCAAGAAGGCCAAGUCAAUCCUGAUUGUGGGCGGCGGAGCUGUUGGGGUUCAAAUGGCGACGGAUCUCAAAGAGAUAUAUCCAGAAAAGCAAGUCACGGUGGUCCAAUCUCGCGCACACGUUAUGCCCCAAUUCCACGAGAAACUCCAUAGUCGCGUCAAGCAGCGAUUUGAUCAGCUGGGAGUAAAGCUGAUAACGGGAGCGAGGGUCGUCUUACCAGCUGGUGGCUUCCCAAGCCUGGGAGAGCCCUUUGAAGUCAAACUCACCACUGGUGAGACAUUGACUACUGAAUUUGUCGUCCUAGCCACAGGGCAGAAACCCAACAAUGACCUGGUGGCCGAUCUGGAAUCCGCUGCCCCAGGAACAAUCAUCAAUCCUCAAAAUGGCUACAUUCGUGUUCGACCGACCCUUCAAUUCGCCAAUAAAGAUUUCCCUCGCCUCUUCGCGGUGGGGGAUAUCGCCGAUACAGGUUCACACAAGGCCGCCAGGCCUGGAGUUGGGCAAGCCGCUGUCUUGGCCAAGAACGUGCAAGCACUCCUCGAAGGACGGGAACCGGAGGAAACAUUCGUGGUUUCUCCCCCGGCGAUCCAUUUAUCUCUAGGCAUUGUAUGUACCUUCAAACGCGGAACCGAUCGAUCAUGACUAACCUCGCAUCGCAGACGGAGAAUGUUGUCUUCCGUAAUCCUAACAAGGCUGAGGGUCAGACGGAGCCAGUCAUUAUUGAAAGAACCGAGUAAGCAAACUCGAUGAUUCUGGCGUGCGAAUGCUGACAAAAUAAUAGUGGACAGGCAGAUAUGAAUGUCGAGGGUUUCUGGCAACGACUCGGGGUAGAAAUUACGAACCCCCAGCAAUAUCAUCUAUGAGGUAACAUUGCUGUGGACGACAUUGACAUCUGUUAGCACGUCAGAGAUCCAGCCUCUUGUAUGAUAGAACAAAAUAAAUGAAAGCUAAUGGGUAUCUAUGACAUCGCUGUCUCCGUCCUCUGUGAACCCAUUCAAAUGCGUAUACCCUUCGUUGAACCCUGCAGAAAAUGCUUGGAGGUGAAGAAUAUGACCAAUUCGAUCCCAUGCCGGACUUGACGAAGAAUCAAUGCGUAUUCGCCACGACAGGUGCAGAGUUGAUCCAAUCACCAGCCUCCAGUUCAUUCGAAACCCAUCUCACCAUGCUUUUGCGAGUCAGAUCCUUGGAUCCAGUAAAGCCGUUGCCAAAAUAGCCUGCUGACACCGCUGUAUCACCCGAGCCAUUGCUGAGAUGAGGUACGCGGAAUACAGUCCACUUCAACCCCCAUCCACCAUCUUUACCUUCACAGGCAAUUCUCCGGCCAGUUUCCUUCAUCUCUCGGAAGCCCUGAGGCAACACAAACGCCACGAACUGCAUUGCGAUCCACCAAUCCCAAGACACUGAGUCGAACAAGUCCUCGUCGUGGCCAUCUUUGCCCGAAUCGGGGUGGAUCAGCCACGAUGAGGAAGACAGAGCUAAGAUCCUCUUCACCCCUUUAUUCUUCAUCGCCUUGAGCAAUGUAGGGAAGGCAUCGGCAAUGGGCGUUGUCUUUGUACGGAGUAAGAAGGCCUUGAGGGAUGCGUAAGGUCCGACAAACGACACCACAGCCUCCACUGGGGUAAAUGAAUCGCUCAAAGCCGUCUCUAUGGCCGUCUGGUCGUCAAGCUCGCCCACCAUGACUCUGAGACGAGCUGCAUGCUCUGGUUCGUUGAACUCGCUCGGCAAUUUGGAGGGAUUUCGCACAUAGAGCGUCACCUUUGGACCAAGCGGGUUUGAUAGUAUCAGAUUGGUGAAUUCGAUUCCAGAAGGGCCUUGAACGACAUUCGAGUCAGCUCAUACUAUCGACAAGAUGCCUAUUGAUACAGCGCCCACCGGCAAUCAACAUACCGGUUGCGCCUAGCACGCAAAUGUGUGCCACUUUCGGCAUGACCCAGUUUCGUCGCGAUUAUUGCGAGUUCGCUCGUUCGUAAUUAUGUGCUCCCGCCUGGUGGUGAGGUGAUUGACUUCUUGAAAGCAGAAUGAGCAUAGAGCAUUCAUCCUUCAUCCUUCAUCGCGUCAUUUGUCUCUCUUCUGGUUUUUACACGUUUCCUGCUGACGACAGCACUCGGCCAGACCAGAGUAAGCCGGCGGAGACCUGGGGCUGAAUGAUUUGAUUUAUGGACGGCCUUGUCCUCAUGUGUUAGGUACACUGCAGUGCUUACUCCUGGACUAGAUUUCAGAAGGACCUUACGAGACAAGAUAUAAUAAAUGGUGGUCACAAAAACAUCACGGUUCCUAAGCAUUG